AUGCAAGGAUUAAAAAGGAUACUGACUGCUUUCACACUGGCCGUCUGCCUUUCGAACCCUGGAAGAGCACAGCAACAAUGCACUAAUGGGUUUGACCUGGACCGUGCCUCUGGGCAAUGCUUAGAUAUUGAUGAAUGUCGGACUAUUCCUGAGGCCUGUAGAGGAGAUAUGGUGUGUGUCAACCAGAAUGGUGGCUAUUUAUGUGUACCCCGAACAAACCCAGUGUAUCGAUCACCAUAUCUGAACCCUUACUCAAAUAUUUAUCCACCGCCCCCAGCACCAGGCCCAGUUCCUAACUACCCUACUGUUACAAGACCUCUGAUCUGUCGAUUUGGGUAUCAGUUGGAUGAAAACAACCAGUGUGCUGAUAUUGAUGAGUGUGCUUCAGAUUCUCACCAAUGUAACCCCACCCAGAUCUGCAUAAACACUGAAGGAGGAUAUACCUGUUCCUGCACUGAAGGCUACUGGCUGCUAGAAGGCCAGUGUUUAGACAUAGAUGAAUGUCGCUAUGGCUACUGCCAGCAGCUCUGUGCCAAUGUGCCCGGUUCCUACUCCUGCACAUGCAACCCAGGCUUUACCCUCAAUGAUGACGGAAGAUCAUGCCAAGAUGUGAACGAAUGCACAGGCGAAAACCCUUGCACUCAGUCCUGCGUCAAUACCUAUGGCUCUUUUCUCUGCCGUUGUGAACCUGGCUAUGAACUGGAAGCUGACGGAGUUAACUGCAGUGACAUGGAUGAAUGCAGCUUCUCAGAGUUCCUCUGCCAGCACGAAUGUGUGAACGGGCCUGGUUCUUACUACUGUAUCUGUCCUUCGGGCUAUAACCUGCUUGAUGAUAGCAGAAGCUGCCAAGAUAUCAAUGAAUGUGAAACUAGAAACUUCACCUGCACUCCACAGCAAACGUGUUUCAAUAUCCCAGGAGAAUAUAAAUGUUUAGACCCAGUAAGAUGCGAGGAUCCUUAUAUCCAGAUUAACGAGAACCGCUGCAUGUGUCCAGCUGAAAACCCUGGCUGCCGAGAUCAGCCAUUCACCAUCUUGUACAGAGUCAUGGAUAUUGUGUCUGGGCGGUCAGUGCCUUCUGACAUCUUUCAGAUGCAAGCAACAACUCGCUACCCUGGAGCCUAUUACAUCUUCCAAAUCAAAUCAGGGAACGAGGGCAGGGAAUUCUACAUGCGGCAAACGGGACCAAUCAGUGCUACCCUGGUGAUGACCCGUCCCGUGAAAGGGCCCCGUACUAUUCAGUUGGACUUGGAAAUGAUCACUGUUAACACCGUCAUCAACUUCAGGGGAAGCUCUGUCAUCCGGCUGAGGAUAUACGUAUCACAGUACUCGUUCUAACCCUUGAGUUGGUGCCCUGUAAACAUUAAAACAAAAGACACGGUUCCUCCUCUGCAGAACUCUCUCCUCAGAAGCCAGUACGUAUAGCAGCUCAAAACCAAGUCAGUAUUUCCACAGACCCAGCGACCUAUGCCUGUCUGAGGAGGGAGCCUCUUCAUGCACAGCCCCUACCAGGAUGCAGUCCUCUGGAGGUGUAUCGGCAGCAGAUCCCAUAUGAUUCUCUAUGCGGUCAUGUAUUUUAAGGACUCAUUUUUCCAUUGUAAACACUUCUAGGGUAUGAGUCUACGUUUCAAAGACUGUGAACCUUCGUAGCUCCAAGGCUGCUUAGCAAAAAGCACCAAAGAAACUGAGGAAAAAGCUGGCUUUUGCAAUCUCGCCCGUUUUGUUGUUUUGUUUUUUUUUUUCAUUAUAAAUGGAAAGCAGACAAACAAGUAGAACCUUCCCCUCACCCCCCCAAAAAGUCACCUGUUGAAACAAAGGAUCUUAGAAGUGCUAAUUUACAUUCCCAGUUAUCUUUGAAAUUAUCAGUCCGGCACUUUGUCUUAAUUCACCCUGCAUUUGUCUUACUUUCACCUGUUUUUCUUUGAUUCUAUUUUAUACUUAAAAUUCAUUGUAAAUUCAAUCCAAAAUACAUGUUGUACUAUGUAAUCUUCUACUUUCUAACAAAGUGUCACAUCUUUGGGUUCCUUUCUGUAUUAAAUCUUUCUAUAUAACAGAGUUCAUAGAAAUCUAUCACUGGAUGGCAUGUUUUACAAUGUUUAGGGUGUUACGCUUUGUUACAGCCAGAUUCUUUGGCCCAGGCCUCCACUGCCAGAAUAGUGUCCAGGGGCUUCAGAGCAGAUGAGAAUUAGAACUUUCACCU